CUGGCCAUGGUGAUGCUGCUGUUGCGAGCAGGCCGAGGCCUGCGGCCUAGUCAACCCGGGGCCCUGCCUCGCCGCAGCAUCUUCUACGCUCAGGGUCAGAGCCCCGAGCCCCGCACCCGUGAAUACUUCUACUACAUCGACCACCAGGGACAGCUUUUCCUGGACGAUGCCAAGGUGAAGAAUUUCAUCACCUGCUUCAAAGACCGGCAGUUCCUCGUCUUCUUCUUCACGCGCCUGAGGCCGAACCGCAGCGGCCGCUACCAGGAGGCCUUCCCUUUCGUCUCCCCGUGCGGGCGCGAGCGCAACUUCGUGCGCUGCGACGACCGGCCCGUGGUCUUCACCCACCUGCUGGGGGGCCCGGCCGGGGGCCCCCCGCGCCUGUCCUUCUGCGGCGGGGGCGAGGCCCUGGCCGUGCCCUUCGAGCCCGCCAAGCUGCUGCUUCUGCCGGCCAACGGCCGGCUCUACCACCCGGCCCCCGAGCGGGCCGGCCGCGUGGGCCUGGUCAAGUCGGCCUUGGCCUUCGAGCUGAGCUCCGGCUUCCAGUACCCCGACGCCGGGGACGGGGGCGAGGAAGGGGGCCCCGGCGGCCCGCCCACCCACUUCCUUUGGCAAGGGCAGCAUCACUCCCUCACCCACGAGCUGAUGCCCCUGCUCCGCACCUCUGGGAACCCCUGAGCCCCAACCUCCCCGCCCCGCGGCCCUUCCCAGAGUUGCCCCUUCUCAUCCGGAGACUCCCCGCCCGGGAGAUGGAGGAGGAUUCGGGGCGAGCCUGAGGGGUCCCGCGGGCCCGGGCCUGCGGUCGGGCCCCGAACAAGGAUGCUGAGACGAGAA